AUAUAUAUAUUAACAUAAUGAAUUGGUUUUGAAGAAGCAAAGAAAUGGGUAUGAUGGUUGGUUGCAGAAAUGGUGCAGAAUUGCGCAUUCACGAGAAUUUGGAUGAACUCCGUAGAGAUUUAGCAGAUUACAUUGCCGAUUUAUCGGAGACCUCUGUUAAACACAGAGGCGCUUUCGCUAUCGCAUUAUCCGGCGGUUCUCUCAUUGGAUUGCUCCGAAAACUCUGUGAAGCUCCUUAUAACAAGACUGUAGACUGGUCCAAAUGGUACAUUUUCUGGGCUGACGAACGUCUUGUUUCCAAAACUCACGUCGACAGCAAUUAUAAGCUUGCCAAGGAUCGUUUUCUAUCUAAGGUUCCCGUUGUUCCUAGCCAUGUACAUUCGAUAAACGAUACUGUUUCUGCGGAGAAGACGGCUGAGAACUACGAAUUUGUCAUCAGGCAACUCGUGAGAACGCGUUUGAUCGCGGUCUCUGAUAUUAGCGAUUCCCCGAAAUUCGACUUGAUUCUCCUAGGAAUGGGAUCGGAUGGGCAUGUGGCUUCUCUGUUCCCAAAUCACCCAAUCUUGGAAGAGGACAAUGAUCAGUGGGUAACUUACAUAACAGAUUCUCCUGAGCCACCGCCGGAGAGAAUCACUUUCACUCUACCCGUCAUCAACUCCGCCUCGAACGUGGCGGUUGUAGUCGCCGGAGCAGACAAAGCUCAGGCAGUGCAUUUGUCAAUUGAUGAUGAUGAUGAUGAUAAUGAUGUCCAUGGACACAAACUUCCCUCCAAGUUGGUUAAACCGACCAAAGGGAAGUUGGUUUGGUUUCUUGAUCAGCCGGCUGCAUCCAAACUCGAUGGCUUUCAAUUUCCUCAAUAGUCGGAACUUGAUCCUUUUCUUGUGAAUCUAAAUGGUAGUCUAAUAAUAUGAUCAUCAUAAGGAAAAUUCAAAUCAAUGUUUGAUGUUUUUGAGAA